AUGAUCAAAUCCUUCAAGCAAACAUUUCUGUCCCUGGAUCUGCAGUCCCCUCGGUGGAACCCAGCAGAGACAACGGCUGAUUUGGCAAGAGUAGCCAUUUGUGUCAUCGUUAGUAUUCACCUUGUGGUUACUGUGACUUUUGCUACCUUCCAGGCAAACGAUUAUGAACUGCGCCAGUAUGAAACAGCUAAAUGGGUCAGCACAGUCAUCAGAGGAGAGACCCAGAAAGAAGCAUUGCGCCAGGGCUUCUGGAAACUCUUCCACUACAUCCAAGGGAAGAAUGAGAAAGAGAUGAAGAUUGAUAUGACUGUGCCAGUGACAUGUCUGGUAAAGCAUGGCUGUGCAGACUUCAAGGUCUCUUUCUUUGUGCCAUUUGAACAUCAGGACUCCCCUCCCCAGCCCACCGACUCAGAUGUGUUUAUUGAAGAGCGGAAGACAGCAGCCAUCUUUGUCCGGUAAGCUCACAAAGGGUUGGGGUUCACCUAGCAGGUCUGCAUUAUUCUUACUUGCAUCUGAUUUUUAACUGUGUAUUUACACACUUAUUUGGAGCCUAGAGUUGAGAUGCAAAAGUCAUUCACCCUGACAACUAGUUAUGUGCCAUUUAAUAACUAUGAACUGCAAGAGAACUGCUCAAAUACUGCAUUGCUUCCCAACCCUGUCAUCUCUUUGGCAACGCAAAGCAGGGAGCAGAUAUUUUGACCUUCUACAAAUUGGAUAAAAUCUUUUUUUUUUUUUUUUUAAUUCUACCAGGUCCUUCAGUGGAUUUGCCUCAACAGAGAAAUAUGCUGAGGAAGCUGAAGUCUUGGCCAAAAUCUUAAGAAACAGAGGCCAAGCAUUCCAUGAGGAUUUCUUCUACACUGCAGGCUAUGACAGUCCCUUCAAACUCUUCAACAGGCACAAUGAAGUCUGGUAUUUUAAGAAGUAAUGCAGGGGAAGAAUAAAUGCAGGGGGAGAAUACUAAGAGGCUACUAACCAGUUCUGAAUGAAAAGAGACCUUAUUAAUGGCUUUUGCUUUAGUGCAAAAGAGAUUUAAUUUGCACAUGCACACAGGAACAUCUCUAAUUCACUUUACCUAGGAUGAAAAACUGUUCUGCCUAAGAUUUCAGUUCUCCUUUCUACAGAGAUAUAACUGAAGUUUAAGUAGCCCACACAAGCUGGAUUGUGAGGGAGAUGAAACUUAAUUCUUUUCCUCUUACUGAAAAGCUCUUGGUAGCACUAAUUAUCUGAAAACAUUCCUGCAGAAGUGUUUGUAUGUCUGAUUUUACUUCUUGUUGGAAUUACCACAGCAAUAGUUCAAGUGUUAUGGAGAUAAGUUCUUCAUAAAGCUUUUCCCCUAUUGAUAUCACACCUGAAACACCACAGAAAUAUGGGGGAAGUACAUUUAAAAAAAAUACAUAUUUAAAGAAACCUGGCAGUAAUUAGCUUCAGGAAAAAGCAAUUCCUUAGCAGGCCCCAGUGCCACCUGUUUAUAUUUAAUAGAAUUAUCAAAAUCUCCCUCCUCUGGUUAUAGCUUUCUGUCUCAUGGAGGCUGGAUGCUAUCUUGCUCCAGAAUAAUUAUACUCGAUCCAGUGGAAGCAUGUCAGAAUACAGGCUGUAUACUUAUUCUGUGAAAAUCUAUUGUUGCUCCAUUAUAGACUGUCUCUAUACUGCUUCCAUAGUUGGUAUUUUUGAGCAGUAUUUUAUCUUUUGGAAUUACCUGACUAAAAAACUCUUAAGAGAAGUUGCAUCAGCCACUAUGGGUCUUUGAAUGAGCUAAUAUCAGCACUUCAGCAGGCUUCAGUCUGAACAAAAAAGCAAAGCCCUCCAAGUAGCUGCAGUCCAAUAAAACACCAGAAUUUCUUUAACUACUGAAAUUAGCAUAAUUAAGUCAUGUACUACCAGACAUACCAGUUUAGAACCAAAUAUGCAAAUCAUGUUUAGCUCCCACCUAUAAAACACUAAUUGUACUUUUUUGUAACUUUGCCUAAAUCUAGAUAGUGCUCAGGUCAACUCCAGUCUGCUCUAACACUGGCAAUAGCUACACACCCUCUACAGUAAAGGACACUUGCAGGACUUGCAUUACCUUAAACUAGUUUGCUCCCUACCCUAAAGUCAAGCAUUUGAAGCUUUUACAAAAUAGCCGAGAGCUAGUUUACAGCAUGCUCAUCAAGUCAGAAAGCAGUUCACAACAGGCACAGUUUACAAAAUUUUAUUGGCUCCAAUCAGUGUAUAAGGCAAAUGUUACCACCACAAAAUCUUGGUUUUCUAAUGCUGUUCAUGCAAGUGUAGCCGAUUAUUCUGGGAUCUG